GCUAUGUACUGUACAAUGGAGUUUGGAAAGAAUUAAGGUUGGUCACCGAUUUAUCGUUUGUCAGUGACUGAGUUUAUGGUGUCAGACGUCAGUCGUCCGGCUAACUACUGCUAAGUGAUAUAAUAAUUAUUGUAUUUGGUUUUUUUAUUCAGCUCGCGUUUUAAUUUUCUCAUCUGUUAUUGCCGUAAUUACAUAAUGCUGUUUUCUGCUGGAUUCCAUUUGUAAUAAGUACAAAUAUUCAGAUAAACUGAUGUUCCUACUUCGAUCGAACUUCUAGUAUUUCAACACCCUACUGAUCAAUAUGGAAGAGGAAAAAGUUACUUCUGAUGUUCCUGAAAAGCGUAAAGUUGAAGAUGACAAUAUAAAUCCUAAACCUAAUCCUAAGCGUAUUAAGCUAGUUCGACCUGUAUUUUCACCUGUUGCCAAACCUCCAAUCUCCACAACCUCAGAAGUUGAUAAAUCUGAAACUCAACCUAUAGAAAUACCAAAAUUUAAUAUACAAUCAACAGAAAUAUCUAAAUCUACGACCCAACCUAUAGAAAUACCUAAAACUACUGUACAACAAACAGAAAUACUUAAAAUUAAUGUAAAACCAACAGAAAUACUUAAAUUGAACAAUACUUCUGAUUCAAAAGUUUCAACUGAGGUUGAAGUUUUAAAAUGUAUUGAAAAAUCAGUCGAUCAAACAGAAAUAAUAAACACAACAAUUGAUGCUCCAGAAGUCGUUAAUAAGCCUACAGUCACGAUUGACAAUCCUGACGAACAAAUUGAUAACAGCUCUGAUGCUUUAUGUAUAAAAAAUAUAUUUAGUGAAGAGACAAAAAAAGAAUUAGAACAUUUAAAAAAAAAUAUUUUCAAAAUUGAUGAUGAUGGAUCAUCCUCAGAAAAUGAUAGUCAACCAAAACGACCUCGAUUAAAGCGACCUACCUUUGUUAUGUCAACUGUUGAAGCUAAAGUUGAACCUACUGAUUCAAAAAUAUUUGAUAAAAUAAAUGAAACGUCUAGGUUAGAUUCAGAAAAAUCUGAUUGUGAAAAUAGUUUUAACAAAAAUACAGAAAAACUUAAUGAAAAACUAUUAAGUGCUGAAGUAAAUAUUGAUCAAGUUACAAAAAAUAUUAAUGAGGAUAUAAGAUUAAAUCAGUUGGGGGAAGUCAAAAUUUAUGUUGAAGACAUACUCAAGAAACAAUCUAAUAAAAUUGCAAAUAUUAACAAAACUGAAGAGAAAUCUACCACGUGUAAUUCUGUUGUUAAAUUAGUUGAAAACAAAAUUGAUAUAACAAAAAGUAUUGAAAAAGAUAAUGUUCAUGAUGUUGAUAAAACAAAGCCUAUCCAAACAGAGACUAUUGUACAACAAUUAAAUGAGUUAAAAGAAAAAGAUAAUUUAUUAGUUGAAGAAAAAUCUAUUAAUAAGAAGGUUAAUUUAAUAGUAGAAGAACAAAAAUGUAUAAUAAAAGAAAAGUCAACUGAAGAAAAUAUUCCUAGUAAAGGUACUUGUGAAAACAUUUCGGACGCUAAUGUUGUGAAAGAAAAUGUCAAUGACAACUAUAGGGUGAUUUUAGAAAGAUAUGUUGACAAACAAAGUAAAGCACAAGAUAAAAACCCCAUUCCAACAAUUGUAAAACUUACAGAUGAAAAAUCUACAAUAGAAACUAGUUAUAAAUGUAUUGAUAAGUAUCAUAAAAGCAAUGAUGAAAUUAUUAUUGAACAUGAUAUUCGUAAUAAAAUAAAAGAUAAAUUAAUUGAUUCACAAUUAGAUAAUUUACAGAAAGCUGAUGAUAUUGCUUGUUUAGAAAAUAAAAAACAAGACUCUCAAAAAAGUAUACAUGUUGACGAUGAUAAUAAGGUCUCUACUAUUAUGUUAUCAAAUGAAGUACUAGAUAAUGAUAUAAAACAGAAUAAUGAUGAAAAAGACUCUCAAAUGUUUAAAUCUGAUAUUUUAAAAGCAGCUCUUAUGUCAAAAAAAUCUGAAUUGCUUGGAAAUCCAUCAGAAGCUAAUGAUCAAUCUUCUGCAAAUGAAUAUCUAUCUGUGUUAGAAACUAAACAAAAUGAACAUUUACCAAAACUUGGUCAAGAUUCUAUUGUUAAUAAAAUAGAAGCUGAAAUAAAACUUACUAUUAAUGAUCAGACAACUAAAAUUAAAAAAUCACAAAAUAAGAUUCUUAGCAAUGUAACGGAAAUGUCUAAAGAAGUAUGUAGUUCUAUUUGUCUUGAUGAAAAUACAACCGUUGGUAAACUUGACGAGCCUCCAAAAUGGGGAUCAGCUAAAAUGAAUGAAGUAGAAAAAUUCUUAAAUGAUUCUAAUGUAACCAUUACUCCUAUUUGCAAUUCUCAAGAAUCACCCAAACUUGGAAAAAUAACAUUGAAGUUACCUAAAGUUGGAAAUCCAGAAAUUAAAUCUGAAACUACAGUUCGUCCAGAUGUAAAAUCUGAAUUGAUAAAAAAAAUCACUAAUAAGCAUAUUGCUAUGGGGGAUAGUCCUUUAAAAAAUGCUCUUUCUCAACCUUCUAAAUCUUUUAGUGAUUUUGCUACUAUUCGACCUGCACCUAAACUCAGUGCUGAACAAAUAGCUCUUUUAGAACAACAAAUUUUAAAUACCCCCAAAAAGAGAGGUAGACCACCAAAAGCUUUGGCUCAACAAAAACAAUUAUUAUUAGAAUAUCAACAACAACAACAGUCGACAAAAGUUCAAGAAGGCAGUACUGAAAACGAACCCAUUUUUCAUGUUCCAUUAUUUGAUAUGGAAGACAUGAGUGGAGGGGCUGGAAUGUUUGAUACAUUUGAAGCAUCAACACCAAAGCGAGGAAAAGGUAUCAGAGGAAAAGGUAGCAGAGGGCGAAGAGGACGAGGAGGUCGUGGUGGUCGAGGCGGAUCAGAUAGUGAUACAGCAUCAAAUAGUCGGCGUAUAGAUGAUGUAGGAGAAAUAUUUCAUGAAGAAAUGAAUCAAGAAGAAGAGACCAAACAAGUAGCCAUGAUAGAAGCUGAACGACUUCGAAAAGAAGAAGAACGUGAAAGAAAAUUAGAAGCAAGGAAAAAAAAAAUAAAACUUCGUAAUGAUAUUUUAAAAGAAAAAAAAUUAAAAAAGAAACAAAGAGCAGAAGAAAGAAGACUGCAGUGGCAUGAGAAGAAAAGGCUUAUGCAAGAAGAAAAGGCUCGAGCCGCUGAGAUGAGGAAAUCUCUUCCACCACCUUUAAACUUUGAUGAUGAAACUCGUAUGAGUGCUGAUUGUAAUAAUAGUCUAUCUCAAACCGCUAGAAAUUUCAUGAUGGGUGAUGAAGAUUUAUCUAUAAGUGGUACCACAAAUGAUAGUAUUAGAUUGAAGAAAGGAAGAAUGGAAGUCAUUGAUCUUGAAAGUAAUAAAACAUUAACUGUUGAUCAAAUCGCUGAAUACCAAUGGCCAUUGGAUGGCGGAGAAUUGUAUAUGAUUCAAGAACAAAUAUCUAAUUUCUUGGGUGUUAAAUCAUUCAAAAGAAAAUAUCCAGGAUUAAAGCGUCGUAAUGUUGAAGCUGAAGAACGAACGUUCUUGUGUGACAGUGGAUUGGUUGCUGAAUCUUUAUGUGAUCUAGGUUUAACAGUUUUGUAUAGUUCGGAAGUAUUAGAUGUCAUGUAUACAGAUUUUCCUGAAAAAUAUGAAGAACUGAGAGAAUAUAUGAGACUUAAACAUGCCAAAGAAUUAUCUAAUCGACAAAGAGCAUUGAUGACGAUUAGUUCAAAUAAUGAUGGGUCAAAGUUAGAUUUACGUGAUAGAGCUAUGGAAGCUGUAGCUAAUUGGAAUGCCAAUUUAAACAAAUCCCGUCUAGAGUCACGUAAGUGUUCAAUGGAUAUGCAAACAUUUAUUGUACAUUAUCCAAAAAACAAAUGUAAGAAAAUGACUGUUCCUAAACCUAAAAUUGGCAGUUAUCCAUUGGCUUUAUUACCUGGACAAUUCUGUGAUUACUACGCAACAUACUCUAGUGAAGAUUUACGUUACUUGCCACUGAACACUGUUAUGUAUGGCCCUUUGAAAUCUGUAGAUAAAGACUUUCCUGUUUCAUUAAGCAGCCAAUCUGAAUCUGAAGAUAGCUCUUCUGACGACUCUAGUGAUAGUGAUGAUUCAAUUGACGUUGACAACAAAUCUGACAAAAAUUGUUUGGAGUAUGGUCCAAGUGAUAAAAAAGGAGCUGAAUGCAAAUUAUGUCUUGGCACUGCGGAUAAGAACAAAAUAGGAUCGGUUGAACCAUUGAUUCAUUGUUCUAAAUGUUUAACAAUUUAUCAUCCAACAUGUUUGGAUAUGACGUUGGAAAUGAUUCCCUACAUAAAGCGUUACAAUUGGCAAUGUAAUGAGUGUAAAUCUUGUGCUCAGUGUAAAGAAGUGGCUGAUGAAGAUAAAAUGUUAUUCUGUGAUCUUUGUGAUAGAGGAUAUCAUAUUUAUUGUGUAGGACUUCGUAGAGUACCUGAAGGUCGUUGGCAUUGUCAGGAAUGUGCCAUGUGUAGUUCAUGUGGAGUUUCUGAUCCAGGACCAGGUGAUUCUAAAUGGUUUUACGAGUUUAAGAAAACCGAAAAAACUGGGUCAAAAGUGUAUUGUCGUACAUUAUGUGCUCCAUGUUCCAGGUCAUGGAAAAAAGGCCAUUUCUGCCCUAAUUGCAUGCGUUGCUAUUCUAUCAAAAACGUCGAGCGCAUGACACAGUGUAACAGUUGUGAUAGAUACUUACACUCAGAAUGCAUCAGUGAACGUACUUCAAUUAAUCAAGUUGUUACAUGUACUAUAUGCGAGGAAAAAGCAGUUUCUAGAUUAUUAACUACAGUGCCUAGAUCCUUGAUUAAAGUCUGAAUUAAAUUGCUAAGUAUAGCAUAUUUUUAACACUAAAAAUUUGUUAGUAUUUUUUUCAGCUAUUUUAAUGAGUUAAUUAAAAUCCGAUUUUUGCUCAUUAACAUGUUAUUAAAUACUAAUUAAUUUUAUUUUAAUAUUUUCACUGAAAAUUGUAUACAUAAUAUUUAAAGAGCAGUUGUAUAUAUUAAAGAAACAAACAAUAGCUUGACUGUUGAUCAAAUCUAAUUAAAUUUAGCAAUAAAAUGAUUAUUAAUGAAUCCGCGAGUAAACAACAAAUAAUUUGAUAUUAGUUUUAUAAUUAAUGAAACUUAAGAACUAUGAUUAAUUAGUCAUGAUUAAAGCUAAUUAUACUUGUCUGUUGUUGCCAUAAUAUAUCAAUAAUAUUCAUAUAGCUGUAUAU